UCAGGGUCAAGGGCUUGUGUUUUAGAGUAGACUAAACUCGAGGGAGACACAGAAGCUGGAUGAAAACGAAUCAACUGGGCAGAUAUGAAAUGAAAUGAAUCCUGCUUUCUCAGGCCAAGUAAGCUGUGAAUUGGUAUUUGAGUAAUUUUAUCAAGAGGACUUUUUGAGCAAAUAGGGUUCUUGCAGCUGCUAAGUUGCUGGGGAAGGCCAUGAUGAAUGAAGAAUUUAACAUGGGACCAUCAAGUCCAGUUCAAAGAGGUGAACUUCAGGAGGUCUCUGAUGAAGAAGAGAUGAGUAGGCCUAGAUACAAAAAACCAACCGGGGAAACCUCUGGAACAACAGAGAUUCUGUUCAUCACUUCUGCAGAGCAAAAACUGUGGAAACAACUUCUGGGGCUCCUUUCUCCAUCCCUUUGGAAAGUCAAGGUUUCGGGAGCCCCCCAAAGCAAUUCGUCAGCCAUCUCUUUAACUGGCUGCCCAGAGGUGGUUUUGAGAGCAAAAAAAGCUAUAAGCAAAUUGCUCAUUUUUGUAGGCUGCCAGAUUCAAAUCAACCACAUGGAUCUCCCACACCUCAAAGCGGUUGGGUUCUUCCAACUCCAUAAGGGAUUCCAUCUUUUCCUUUGGGAAGGAGAAGCUUCUCACAUCAGGGCAGAUGCCAUGGUGAGGAUAGGGACCAGUAGUAGUCUGGACGGUGGAAACGCCGUGCUUGCUCAGAGGGUGUGGAGCCCAGAAGGGUCCCUUUAUACGAAUCUGGACAUUCACUUUUCAUGCCCACCCACAAGAGAACUAGCAGCUGGGAUGAUAAAACUAGCUUUAGAAGCCGCCUGGGGCAAAGAGUUCCAGUCUGUAACUGUCACCUACUUGGGCCCUACAAUCUCUAGAGCUGAGGCUGAGUUCAUAGUUCUAGGAAUGGAAGCUUUCAGGAAAAAUCACCCCAUUGGUCCCUUGAAAAGCCUUCAUGUGGUCUCCAGAGACGAGCUUGGUGCUAAGCUACUCUACAAGGAAAGUCAGAAGCACUGGCCUUCUGGAAAGGAUGACUCAGAGAAGUUAAGAAACAUGCUAUUGUCCUUAGAGUCCACUAAGAUCGAGGUAGUGACCAAUCCUGAUAUAACGACAAAAGUAGAUGUGGUGGUUCUACCCCUUGCUCUGCAUCCUGAUGGGCUGGGCUGGGAUUCAGGAAUCCAUGCCAUCACUCAGAAGGCUCUGGAGACUAUCCCCCAAUGCCGUGACCUGUAUCCAGGGGGUAUUCUUUUGGUGCCAGGCUCAACCUUUCCGGAGCUUGGCUGCAGAAUGAUAUACCUAGUAAGGCUUGAUGAUUUGCAGUUGGAGCCUGAAGAAGCUCAUAAGCAGGUUAUUCGAAACAUGGUCCAAAGCUGUCUCCGCAUCUUCUAUGGGUCUUUCCUGGAAUCCAUUGUGUUUCCCAUCUUCCAGCCAGUAGAUGCAGAUCAAGCUGCGAUGUGGGAAUGGAUUCUAAUUUUAAUAGAUGAAGUGAAUCGGUUCUUGAAAAACUUUCCCAAUACUUGGAUGAAGCUGGUGCAAAUCAGGCCCCUUCCAGGAUGCAUUCUGCCAUGUCCGAUAGAAAAGGCUCUCUCCUUUGCUGCAGAGCCGGUGGGUUUAUGUCAUUCAGAAGAACCACUUUUCCUCUGGUACCUGGAAGAAAACUUAAAUGCCUUCAGUGAAUUUCAAGUGCAAUUGAAGAAGGCUGGUUACAACAUCCAGAUAGACAUGGAUAGGAAACUGUUGGUAUUCCAGGCCAUUGAUCAGUCUGUGCAGCUGCUUGGCUUAGAAAAAUCUUUUGAGUUUGUGCGGAAGAAGUAUGUGCUACAUCAUGAGACAAGAACAGAGAUUCUAAAAGUCUUGUUUGACCACCUAAAACUUAAAAAUAGAUUUGAAUCCCUCAGGAUCUACAUCCUUGAUCAAAUUUGGCUUGUAGGCCUGUCAGAUGAGAUCAAUUGCUUCUUGCAAUAUCUCGCCCACGAGGCCUUUCAAAGGGAACUGGUGAACUGGGAGUGCACAGCUGAACCAGUACUCCGGUAUACUAUUGCCAAAGAUGUUGUACUUCAGGAGGUUUUCCAGUCCAAUCUUAUGAUAAAGCUUGAAAUUACUGCUAAGACUCCAGCAACUAUCAGAUUUGGGGGAUCCCGUAGGACAGUCAAGGAAGUAGAGAGGCGUCUUAAGGAGCUCUUGAACAGCUUCCAGGUUCUACCAGUCCCUUUCUCUGAUUUCCAGUUGCAGUUUGUCAGGGCACAUUGGGGCAAAGUGUUCUACCAGCACUUCUUCCUAGAGAGCAGCAUCCCAGUUGUUUUGGAGCUCUCUCAGGGUGUCCAGAUUGUUGGCCUAGACUUGGGCAAAAUGAAAGAAGCUGAAGAGAUCCUCAUGAACCUAGUGUGUGAAAGGGCUAUGGUGAUUGCAGAGGAUUUGAAGUGGGCUACUGAGGUUUCAGAAUGGAAGUUGCUGCUACUUAAGCUAAGUCUGGGAACUCAUAAUGAAGUAGCCAUUCAUCACGUGGCACCUGGUCGGGUGAUCCUGGUGGGUUUCUGUCCUAAGGUCAUUCAAGUAGAAGAAUCUAUUAAGAAAUAUUUGAGAGAAAAUUCUCCAGUGGAAGAAAAAGUGAAGCUUGUUAGACCAGAAUUAGCUUUAGCUGGGAACGGUCUGCUUCAUAUUAUGGGCUGGGAACAUCUCAGGAUGAAUGUUGCACUCCAGGUGAAAAGUCAGCCUUCAGUGCUGCAGGUGAGAGGUCUUCAAAAAUAUGUGAAAAAAGCCAUGCCGGCCAUCAAGAGGAACUUGGAUUCUUUGGUGCUUGAUACAAUACCUCUAAGGAAGAGAAUUCUUCGAGAAUAUAUCUUUGGAAUUGGAGCAAGUCUGCUCAAGAACAUGGCUUGGCAGUUGGGUUGCAUUGCUUGGAUAAAGACUGAAGAGUCCGAUGAUUGGAAGAACAUCACGAAUGAGAACUCCAUGGAAGAAAGAUGUGCUAUGGACUUCUCAGAGGCAAUAUAUGUAAUAGGCAAAUGGAAUUCGAUGAACUUGUUGAAGCAUAUUGUGGCUGGUCUGUUUGCACAGUUCUGUACAAAAUCCAUCUAUCAUGAAGCAAUUACCACUUUUAAAAAUAUGAACAUUGAUGAGUUCCUGAGGAAUAUAUCCCACAAGCUUCCUGUAGAUAUCCGUUGGUUGCAGGAUAAUGAAAUCCAGAUUUGUGGUUUCCAAAAAGAUGUGGAGAAUGUUCUGAAAGCUGUUCAUGGAAAGAUUGAGAAAUAUCAGUCUGAAAUAAUUGAAUCUGAAAUAAUUGAAGUCAAAGCUCAAUAUGAGUCAGUCCCUUCCACUGUUAUAAAAGAAAGCUCAUUCCAGAAGAGAUUUCCAACAAGUCCUUUGGUAAGCACAGAAGUCUUGGCCAACGAUCCAGCAACCAUCAUAUUUAGAGGUCCCCGUCAGAAGUUGGUAGAACUGAAGGAGCACUUUGACAAACUCCUUAGCGGUUUCCAAUUUUUACCGGUCUGUCUCUCCAAACUCCAGCUUCUGUUUGUCAAGGCACAAUGGGGUAAACUCUUUCAUAAUGGCUUUUUUGGGGAAAGAAACAUCCCAGCCGUUUUGGAGAUCUCUGAAAUGGUUCAAGUUGGUGGCUUAAGUGCGUGUGAGAUAAAAGAAGCUGAAAUGAUCCUAAUGAAAGAGGUGUCUGAGAAGACUCUGGAGAUUGUAGAACAGUUGCAGUGGGUCACCAAGGAGCCAGAGUGGGAAGACUUGUUAAAUAGAUUAAAGUUUCAUGAAGAAGUUGCCAUUCAUUACACUCCAUCCAAUCAGGUGACCAUAGUUGGCCCUUCUCUUCAGACUGCUGUGGUAGAAAACUAUAUUGAGGAUUACUUAAGAGAUAAUUCCCCACUGAAAGAAAGUAUGAUGCUUACUAAACCAGAAUUAGUAUUAGCUGGGGAGAGACUCCUUCAUAUUAUGAAUUGGGAACACCUCAAGGUGAACAUUACAUUCAAGCCAGGUAAUUAUAUGUUGUCACUGCAAGUGAAAGGACUCCAGAAAUUUGUGAAGAAAGCCAUUCUUGUGAUCAAGAAAGAUUUGGAUUCCCUGGUAUUUGAUAUGAUAUCUCUGAAGAAGAAAGCAUUAUGCAUCUAUUUCUCCGAAGACGGGGCAGAUCUGCUGAACAACAUGGCAGAUUCCCAGAAUUGUAUUGCAAAGAUGCAAACCCUGGAGAACCACCAUUCCAGAAAUGAUAGAGUCUUGCAAGGCUUAGCUGAGGACAACAGGGCUGUGAUUUUUGUUGUGGGCAUCCAAAUCAAAGUGACUUCACUCAAGCAGCAUUUGUCAGAUUUUAUUGCCAAAUUCCACAAAGAAACCAUCUGUAAUACCGAGAUAUCAACCUUCAGUGAUGACAGCCUUAAAGCCCUUUGCAAAACUAACCCACCUCAGUAUCCGGUUGGCUUCCAUCGCCUAAGAGAAACGGUGUUUUGGAUUUGUGGUUCUAGAGAAGAUGUUGAAAAUAUUUCCAGAAAGAUUUAUACCAAAUUAGAAGAAAUUUUCACUAUAAAGAUCCAAAAAGCUCAAGCUGAACAGACAGUUUCCAAGCUUCUGUAUGAGACUAUCCGUUGGCAUCAUUGGUCUGAUGCCGGAUGGUCUACUUUUGACAUACUAACCAAUCGCUAUCUGGAGGAGACAUAUCGCGAGAAAAAAACGGAGGCACUAGUGCCAUGGAAUGGAGAAAAACUGAAGGUUAACUUUCUGACAGACGAAGCCUUCAUCCCUGGGAAGAAAAAAUUCAAGAUUAGGAGAGAGAUCUGCUUAUGGGACAAGAAUAUUGCUCCCUUCUGGGACACCAUCGAUGAAUCUUUAAUUAAGAAAGUGGAACUGCAGACACAUUCAAAGGAAUAUCAGGAUGUGGUGGAUAAGUUCAACAAGACAGCUGGGAAGUACAAAGUUGUCAAAGUAGAGAGGAUCCAAAACCGAUAUUUGUGGGUUUCCUAUUGUUGGAAAAAAAGUUGGAUGGAAAAGAAAAAUCCAGAAAGGAUACAGAAUGAACUCAUUCUUUAUCAUGGAACGCAGUCAGACAAGUAUUCCUCUAUCUGUAAUAUUGGCUUCAAAAGUGCUUUUCGAAAAAAAUGCCUCUUCGGACAAGGGAUUUAUUUUUCUGUGGGUGCUGCCCAUUCUGUGAUCUACGCCAAACCAGAUCCCCAAGGGCUCCGAUACAUUUUUCAAGCUCGAGUUCUUACUGGGGAAUAUAGUUGUGGAAAAGAAAAUAUGGUAUUGCCUCCAGUGAAACAAGAGGGAAAUGGUCUCUAUGAUAGCUUGGUGGAUGUCCUUUUCAAUCCAAAUAUUUUUGUGAUCUUUUUUGAUGAUUUCGCUUACCCUGAAUACUUAAUCACCUUCCGUGACUAGGUAUCUUCAUAGCUGUUAUGAGAGAUCGGAAUCUACCUCAAUGGAAUACAACUGGAAACAUGCAGAUCCUCUCACUUGAAGAAGGAAGAAACAAUUUCAGGCUAUAUAUAGUGUAUUGUUUGAGGGGAGG